CUGCAGCUUAGAUGUUCUGCUUUCUGACUGUGUACUUUGUUGUUUAGAAACUCUAGACACUCUGGAGCAGUGGGUGAGAGAAAUCUUCAGCAAAGUUCCCAACAAUGGGGAACUCAAAGCGGACUUCUCUCACCUCCUGCAGCCGUUUGACACUCCAGCCUUCAACAAACUCUACAGAGUGGUCCCUGUGAGGAAGGUUCAUGCUCUGAACAUCAGCUGGGCCGUACCACCGCAGGGGAAACAUUACAGAGUGAAGCCGCUUCACUACAUCUCCUGGCUGAUCGGACAUGAAGGAACAGGCAGCAUCCUGUCUCUGCUCAGGAAGAAGUGCUGGGCUAUGGCUCUGUUUGGAGGAAACAGCGAGACAGGUUUCGACCAGAACACCACCUACUCCAUCUUCUCCAUCUCCAUCACCCUGACUAACCUGGGCUUCCAGAACUUCUACCAGGUUGUCCAUUUGGUUUUCCAGUACCUAAAAAUGCUCCAAACUCUUGGGCCCCAGGAGAGGAUCUAUGAGGAAAUUCAGAAGAUAGAAGCCAACGAGUUCCACUAUCAGGAGCAGACAGAUCCCAUCGAGUUUGUGGAGAACAUCUGUGAGAACAUGCAGCUGUUUCCCAAAGAGGACUUCCUGACUGGAGACCAGCUCAUGUUUGAGUUUGACCAGGAGGUCAUUAGUGCCGCUCUUUCACUACUGACUCCUGACAAAGCAAACCUGUUGCUGCUGUCACCGGAGAACGAAGGUCACUGUCAACUCAGAGAGAAAUGGUUCGGUACCUGCUACAGCAAGGAGGACAUCCCAGAGGAGUGGGCUCAGCGCUGGGCGGGAGACUUGGAACUCAACCUUGAACUCCACCUCCCCGCUAAGAACAAAUAUAUUGCGACCGAUUUUGCUCUGAAAGCGUCUGACUGUCCGGACACAGAGUUUCCUGUCCGGAUCGUGAACAACGAGCGAGGCUGUCUGUGGUACAAAAAGGACAACAAGUUCAAGAUCCCAAAAGCUUAUAUUCGUUUCAACCUGAUCUCCCCGAUGAUUCAGAAGAGUCCUGACAAUCUGGUUCUGUUUGACCUCUUUGUGAACAUCCUGGCUCACAAUUUGGCCGAGCCAGCCUAUGAGGCUGAUGUGGCUCAGCUGGAUUACAAAUUGGUGGCCGGAGAGCAUGGAUUCGUUAUCGGAUUUAAGGGCUUCAACCACAAACUGCCGCUGCUGCUGAAGCUCGUCGUGGAUCAUCUGGCAGAGUUCAGCGCUGCACCGGGAGUCUUUAACAUGUUCUCUGAGCAACUGAAGAAAGCCUACUUCAACAUCCUCAUCAAACCUGAGAGACUGGGCAAGUAUGUCCCACACACUGCAGACACAGACUCUGUAAACAGCCUUUCAUGCCACCAACAUAACGUAAAGGGAUUCACAGUAUUUGGCAAAUAUCCGGAUAACAUUGUUGAAUUUGCCAUAACAAUUACUCUAAAUAAGUUAACACAAGAAUCAUUUCUGCUGAUUAUAGUAUAAUGCACAAAUGCAAAA